AUGGACGGCGACGAGGACGACGCGCGAACGACGACGACGACGUCGAGCGACGACGAGGACGUGCGCAUACGACGACGGCGGGACGACGACGACGACGACGACGACGACGCGAGCGUCGCGAAGGCGAACGGGACGGGCGAUCUCGACGACGCGCGCGAUGGAAGGCCGACGUGGUUCGACGCGCGGGCGUUCGAGAGGGAUGAUUUCGAUCCGUGGGAGUACGUGGAGGAGAUCACGACGUUCGUGGGAUCGGAAACGCUGAGGGAGGCGCUGGACGGGCACGAGCGGGAGACGCGCGAGGCGCUGGAGCGACUGGUGAACGAAAACUACGAGGAGUUUGCGUCGCUCGGGGAUGAUCUGAGGGAUUACGCGGAGUUGAGGGAUAAAAUAAUGCCGGGACAGAUUGAGACGAAACGAGAGGUGAGCGAGGGGAGGGAGGAAAUCGUGCGAGCGCUGGAACGGUUGGAGGCGAGCGCGGAGGAGCGAGAGGCGCAGGCGCGCGCGAGCGCGAGCAAGCGCCUGGCGGAUGAGUGCGGACAUACGGUUUCAAAGGUUGAGCGAUUGCUCGGAGAGUUAGAUAUGUUGGCUCCAGCGUUUGAGGACGAUCAAGCGACGCCGAGCGGAGCUGAAACGGACGAUAUGCAUCGAGAGCACAUCAGUGGAGAUGUGAACGAGCGCGCGCGGAUGCUCGAUCGCAUUUCGAGCGAAGUAAAUCGCUUAAAGUUUUACCAAAAGCAAGGAAAAGAUCUUUCGGCGAUUCGAGACCUCGCCGACCGAAUCGAGUAUUGCGAGUUGAAGCUCACUUCUUUGGCGCAAACUGCGCUCAUCGAUGGUUUAAAAGAAAAGAACGCGAACGUUAUAAGUCAUUGCUUGCACGGUUGCACCGCGAUCGGGAAGUUUGACGUUGUGGAAAGCGCGAUUCGAACUGUAUUGAUCCGCCCAGCGGUGGAGAAGACGCUUGAAUCGAUUGCCGAGGAAGAUUUUGCGUCAGUGUUGCCAAAACUAAGUGAAACUGCGCUUACAUCGUGCUCUUACGUACUUGAUCUUACGCGAGUCGCCGAAUCGGGCCUACAGUCGCACGACUUUCUCGCUGGAACUGUACUCGCAGAGGUUGAUUCGCAACUGAGUUCAGCUUUUGAGAAAGCGUACUCGCCGGGAAUCCCACAGGAUUUCAUCAAGAACUAUCGCGCGGCGAUGAAGUUUGUGGAUAUAUUAGAAGAUCUCGCACCAACGAUGGCGUCAUUGAAUCAUUUCCGGGCGUCCAGGUACUUGGAAUCGUACAUGAAGAGGUGGAAUCUUUCGGUGUACUUUAAUUUGCGCUUCCAAGAGUUUGCUUGCGAUGUCGAUGAAGAGCUGAACGAGCCGGGUCUUGAUACCUCGCGAGCGAGCGAUGGAUUUUUACUCACACCGACAACGCAAACAUGGCUGACGAUGGCGAAAUGCAUGGCGGAGGAAGUCUUCGUUCCAGCCCUCACGGACAAAUUUAUUAGACUGUUUGCGCAGGUGUUGUCGCGAUAUAGAACUUGGGUGAAAGCCGGCAUCGAGGCUUUAUCUGUUCAGCAAAGCUCCGAUUCGAAUGCUGAAGAAGGUAAAGUCACCAUGGUUACGUCUUCUUCUAGUUGGGGCGCCACAGCGGGUGGAGAUGAGUUAAUUUUAGUGCGCUUGGAUGUUGAAAAGUUGUGCGCUAAAGUGCGUUCGGACGGUGCAGCGUGCGUGAAAGCGAGCACGAGCAUUCUCGGCGAAGACACCGCUCAAAUCGCGGUGGAUUGCGUCUUAGAAGGCGCAAACGAGCUGCAAGAAAUUAUUCCGCAGCUCGACGCAUUCAUCGUGAAAGUAUACGUCGAGAGAUGCGUUGAAUCAUUGAAGCAGCUCAAGGGGAUCACCGCCACAUUUCGCAUGACGAACAAGCCCAUGCCGACAAGACACAGUCAUUUCGUGCCCACGAUUCUCGCUCCCUUGCAAGCAUUUUUGGAUAAUGAGCGCACAAAAAUGUUUUCUAAGACUUCGAGACAAGAAAUAGUCGAUAAGGUCGUAGAUUCCGUGUCUGAAAGAUACGCUGAAAUGGCGAGCGAUCUUGUGGCGACGGUCAAGAAGACUGAGGCAAGUCUGAAUCGUCUUAAAGAUCGACAAGGGAAAACUAGCAGCACGGGUGUGGGCGACACAGACAAGAUUUGUCGUCAGCUAUAUUUAGACGCCAAGGAGUACGCCGUGCAAAUGGAAAAGUUUGGCGUCGUCUCCACCAAUUCAGACGCGUUCAACGAGUUGUGGUCAAAUGUCGCGGCGGGAGCGCCGACUGCCUAA